UGCACCGCUUUUCCCCUUUAUGCCUCGCUCAGAGGGGAGACUUUCAGUGGUUUUAAUUAAAUUUUAACAACAGAUUGGAUAAGUAAGGAUUCCCACUGCGGAUUCAGUUGUGUCUGGAAUGUGGAUUUGAAUAUCUAACAUUUGCACCGCCAAGACUGUUGUCAAGGGGCAGGGAGGAUCAUGGGUAAUUUUAAGGGCCAUGCCCUUCCUGGCACCUUGUUCCUGAUCGUGGGGCUUUGGUGGGCAGGGAAGUUCUCUCUCUGGUAUGCCACCCGUAGAAACAAAGGUGCAGGGCGCUUGACCAGCAGGGCUGCACAGCGCCGCCUGGAGGUUAUCGAGGGCUCUGUCAUUUUGUCCUUCUCUAUGAUUGGCAUGCUGGCAGAGCAGUUUGCGGUUGGUGGACCCCGGCUGCAUCUCUACGACUACGCCAGCCAGCACUGGGAUCAGCUGAUGAACUGGCAGCAUGCCACCAUGUACCUGUUCUUCGGGCUGGCGGGGGCCGUGUCGCUGACCGUCCACGCCACGGAGGCUGCCCCCCUUGCCCUGGACCGCAUGAUGCUGGGCAUUGCCUUUUUUACUGAGGGGUUCCUGUUCUUAUACCACCUGCACGGUCGGACCAUGCUGGAUGUGCACGUUCACCAGCUGCUUCUGUAUGCCAUCUUCGGAGGGGCGCUGACUGCCUUCCUGGAGGUCUUUCACCGGGGGAACGUGCUGCUGGAGUUACUGAGAGCCACACUGUGUUUGCUGCAAGGGAGCUGGUUCUGGCAGAUUGGCUUCGUGCUCUACCCCCCGAGUGGACCGGCAGAGUGGGACCAGAAGGACCACAACAAUAUGAUGUUCAUCACCAUGUGCUACUGCUGGCACUUUGCCUUUGCUCUGCUCACUGUCACUGUUGUGUACUGCACUGUCAGCUGGGUUGUACGGUCCAAGCUGAGAAGAACUCCCCCAAUGGAAAUGGGCCUUUUAAAAACCACAGACAAGGAGCAGGAGUCAGAGGAUGAGAUCUAGUGCCCAUACACCCC